AUGAAAAUUUCGAAAUCUAACGUAGUCACAGAAUCAAGUGGAACAUCUAAUUCUCCUCCAAGUGAAAUAAUAUCUGUUGCAGCAGCAGAUAAUGAUCAACUUGAUAUGCCAUCAGCUAAAUGUCCACGUAAAGAAGAUUCAUUAACUCAUAAAUUAUCAUUUGAAUAUCAAUGUUUAGCAUGGAAAAGUUUAAGAAAAUCUAUUAAUGUUCAAGUGAAAAUAGUGGAUCAAUUAAAUUUGCAACAAGUUGUUCGUUAUUUAUUUAGAGAUAAUCUUUUUCGUGGUCGUGGCAUACUUGCUCGUGCUAUUAUUACAGCACAAAUUAAAUCACCAAAUAAUACCAGUGUUUAUGCUGCAUUAGUGUCUAUUAUUAAUAGAAAAUUUCCGCAAAUUGGUGAAUUAAUUAGUAAACGUCUUUUAUCCUCAUUUCGUCAAACAUAUCAACUUAAUGAUAAAAGCAAUUGUUUAGCAUCAACAAAAUUUAUUGCAUAUCUUAUUAAUCAAAAUAUAUUACAUGAAAAAAUUGCAUUUGAAAUACUUGAUGUUUUACUUCGCAAUAUUUCUAGUGAUAGCGUUAAAUUAGCUAUUUACUUCUUACAAGAAUGUGGUCA